UAACUCAACAAUAUUCCUCACAAAUUAAUCACCUUUGUAUUUCUGUUUCUAUUGCCUCAGUUUUAAUAGCAAAUUUUAUAGUUCCACCAUUUUCUCAACUAAUUCCAUUAAAAUGUUUUCGACAAUUGCUGAGCCUUCUAACCAAACAAAGCCUUAUCACCGGGAGAUCUCCGCCGUGCCGGAGAGUGAGAUACUCAGGAGAAGAAAUGAGGAGUUGGAGAAAGAAUUGAAAAAGAGCAUUGAGAGGGAAGAGAAAAUGAAGCAGGAAUUGCACAAAACAUGGGAAAGGCUGAGAGUGGCGGAGGAGGCGGAGGAGCGACUUUGCUCUCAGCUCGGUGAACUUGAGGCCGAGGCUGUUGAUCAGGCUCGGACUUACAGGACACGUGUCAUCCAUCUGAUGGAUCAACUCUCUUUGGCCCAAAAACUUCUCGAAUCAGCUUCCAUUACCGUCCCAAAUUCCCAAUGAUUCUAGGAGAAAUUGGCGGACUGUGCCUGUAACAUUAUGCACCUAAGCCUUGGCUCUUCCUUUUCAGUUUUCUGGUGUGUGGCCGUGUGGUUGUUUAAUUUCUUCAUCACUGUUUUUUUUCUUUUACCGAUUGACAUAGAUAGCCUCUUUUUUUUUUCUUUUUAAAUUCAUUUGAUGUUUGAUAUAUGGCUGUUGUGUAUUGUUGGCGGCCAAUUUUUAUUGUGGGGUUGGUUUUUGGCUCCAUGUUUGAUAUAGGAACUCAGAAUUGUGGUAUAUAGUAUAUUGACCUUUUUUUCUUCUUCUUUCUUUUUCGAUGUGUAAUGGUGAUUUUUUGUGCUCAUUAAUUAGAUUACAGUUUUUUA